AUGCUCGAAACUAAUGGUGACGCACGAGGGCCAAGCGCAGCGAGUGAUGCCAAUAACAGCGAUGGUAUCAGGGCAAUCCCAAGCUCAAAUGCUUCAGGUCUAGAAAGUGCCGCAAGCGUUCAAAGCUACCGAUCGAGCGAAUUAGAUGGCAAGAGAUUGAGUGAAAAUAAUUCAAACUGCACUGACAGUAGUGUCGUACAUGAUUUACACGAUGAGGAGGUGACCAUAAUGAAUGACGAUAACGUCAAGUCGAUUGACGAGGAAGAAGAAGUCAUGGAGGGUUCAAUUGACUUUUCAGUGAAUCGAGCUACAGUCACAAAAGCAGGUGUCAUUUCGUGCUGCGUAUUUGUUGGAAGAGUGCGGUGGGGAACAACAGAUUGGGAAAUUUACUUUGGACAGAAGCAACUGUUGCGUCUGCAUUUGAAUUUGUACCUUUACUGCCUCCUCACGCACCGAAAAAUCAUGCGGGGUGUGCCGUUGCCUUGGACGAUCUGGCGUGAAAAGCGCGCCGAGAAUCGCGUGGCCGAUGUGUAUGUGGUGCAAGAUUACAUCCGAGAAUUGCUCAAAGACAGGGAUUUGCGGAAUUCUGAGCCUUUGUUAUCGUUUUUAGAGGUGAGCCCAUCGCGCGCCAUGCUACGACUGGGUCCUUCACUAAAAGAAGGAUACGUACACAUGCGCAUAAACGGACCAUUUCAGCUGCCGUUGUACACAUGCUUUAAUCGAACGAUUGAGAAAUUGUACCGACAUUUGUACCGUGCCUGGAUGCGGAUUGCCUUCGUAUCAUCUAUAGUGGGGUUUAUAUUCCCCAUUUGUCUUGUCAUCAUCACGAGUCUACCAACAUUUUUCUCCCCACAGAAAGAGUUGGUGGACUCAGAUUCUGGCACGAAAGAAGUAUCGACGCAUUUAAAUACCGCCGGAGUUUUCAUGGGACUAGCAGUUCUGGCAGGUAUAGUUUUCUUGGUGGGGUUUGUGUACAAAUUUUUUCAGCAUCGACUUGGUGUUAUUCGGCGGUGGGUCGUGCUUAAACCUUCGUGUUUUGCUGCAUAUCGUCAUCGAAAUGACCGAGAGCCAAGUGAAGUAUUUUUGUUUGACAAGAAUUUUACAGCCAGGAAGGGAAGUUACCGACAAGGUGUGAGCUGGAUGCCUAGUGGACUGGUCGUGGGCAGUAGGGCUGGUGAUAUUGAGAUCGAUACGGGACAUUACUACACUCGACUUACUGCAAUUAUCGCUUUAUGCGGUGUAUGCUACGGUAUCAUGCGCCUUUCAAACACCAUCUACGAAUUUGAGUACCUUACAUUAAACAAAAGCUUAGGGGAAUCUAUUUUGGACGCGCCCGGAUACGAAAAUUGGAAUGAGAGCAGCAAAAUUGAAUAUUGCGGCUACUACUUCAUCGUCCCUGAAGGUGUGACGGUUUACGCUGAGAGUGAAGAAGAAAAUGCUGUGAUAUCGCAGCUGCAGAUGCCAUCGUCUAAUUCCAUGACUGCAAAUCUAGAUUUCUUUUGGAAGAGCGAAAGUAUGGGCUCCAGUUUGAAUGUGAUUACGAAUGCAGUCGGAGGAGGGACGAUGGUGAGCGUAGUCAAAUCGGUCGAUCCCAUCAACGAUCGUUUUUUUGCGUCAGGCACCAAUUACUCACUUCCAAUUGUAGGAACGCUUACUCUUGAGGGUGUGAUUACGGACGUUGAUGUGCAGAGCUUUAGCAAUGUUGAUAGUUUUUGUGCGAUAUCUCUUCGCAUUGCGCCUCUCACAUGGCGAUCAUAUCUCUACUAUGCCCUGAUUCUAUUUGCGGGAGGCAUCAUCGCGCCGGUAGUUGGUUUCCUGGCCAAUUACUUUGUUACAUAUCUCGGUAUUUGGCAUCCUCACGUACGUCGAGACCAUUGGUUUCGAUGCGUGCAGCGUUUGCAGAAGCUAAAGCGUCAGAAUACGACCACACGGUUCAAUUCUUUUGCACCACAGCACAUAAGCUGUAUUGACGAUGAUGACAGUGCAGUUAUCAACGCCAAAGCAAAGGCGGCGCGGCUGCCUGUUGCGAAUGUAUCUGUUACUAGCGCUAUCAGUCAGGUCGUAGAUUCUGUUGUCAAGAUGGAAGCAGAAAUUAAUUCUCGGAUAGGCAAUGGGAAUCAUAGACCAGCUUCUACUCGUGUCGAUAGUAGUACGCAGUCGGAAGACUCGUUCGAGAUUCCACCUCCACCUCCUAGCUCUGUCAGCUGGCACGUCGAUGCAGAAGACACGUAUGAAGCGAUGUACAAAGCUAUUACUACUGCAAAAUACGAGAUAUUAAUUGCUGGAUGGUGGGUGAGUCCAGACUUGUUUUUGCUCCGUCCUGGCCGAAAGUUACAUCCACGCGGCGCUGACGAAGAUACAAAUGGACAACAAAUUAACAAGACGAUGUUGCGCCAAUUGUUAAUGAAAAAAGCUGAGGCUGGUGUCAAGAUUUACGUGCUGAUUUAUCGCGAAGUGAAGUUGGCGCUGACACUGAAUAGCGCAUACACAAAACGCAGUUUAAUGGUGCACCCUAACAUUCGAGUACUUCGCGACCCGAUAUUUCAGAUCCAAAGUCUUGGAUUUUGGUCUCAUCACGAGAAGAUUGUUUGUAUUGACCAGUCUCUGGCGUUUGUUGGUGGAUUAGACUUGUGCUUCGGUCGCUACGACCACCAAGGUCAUCCAAUUAGUGAUCCCGGUGAUGACCCGAUUUGGAAAGGGAAGGACUACUCCAAUCCAAUUAUAAAAGACUUUGUUCGCGUUAACAAGCCAUUUGAAGACUUGAUAGAUCGUUCCUCCCAGCCGCGUAUGCCUUGGCAUGAUGUGCACUGCAGUAUUUCGGGACCGCCAGUGCAGGAUGUGGCAUAUCAUUUUAUCCAGCGAUGGAAUUUCGUUUGCUCAAAGAAUGACUACCAAUUGCGUACUGGCUGGUGCAUUUGCUUUCGCUCGCGCCGUUUCAAAUUUUUGCCAAAGUGUCUUGUGCCAAUGGAUUUUAAUGGUUGGACGCUGCAGUAUCCAUCUUCUGACCCAUACGAAAUGCGCGACGGAUCAACUAGGACAACUAUUCCCCUCGUUCGAGAGGAUUCGCUGAGUAUUGAGCCAUUUCAAGUUUUGCAAUCUGUAAAUCCAAUGUAUCCGUGUACUGCUACAGGCCCUCAAUGGCCACCUCCCUUGCACCCACUAAAGCCAGUGCGACCACCUCUCACUAGUGCGUCGACGAAUGCGUGCCCUUUAGAUGAUGGCGAGGUGUUACGUGCUCAGCGCGGUGAGUCAAUUCUACAGGUUUUUCACCCGGGCGCCAGUAUUUGCAAUGUUCAAGUUUGCCGCUCCGUGUCAAUGUGGUCCGCAGGAGUGCCUACAGAGGCUAGUAUACAGGCUGCAUACAUGGACCUGAUCGCUAACUCGGAACAUUUUUUGUAUAUCGAAAAUCAAUUUUUUAUCUCAGGAAUGGAUGGAAAUGGAAUUGUUCGAAAUCGGAUCUUACAAGCUUUAGUGGAUCGCAUUGAGCGCGCUGUGCAGCGAGAUGAGAAAUUUCGCGUGUAUGUGGUGAUGCCGCUGUUACCUGCUUUCGAGGGAAAUAUUCGCAGCCAUGAGCUUACAAAUCUGCAUGCUGUUAUGCACUGGCAGUUUGCCACUAUUUGUCGUGGGCGUUAUAGUCUUUUUGAGGCGCUCAAAGGUGUGACGACCAAUCCUGAAAAUUAUGUUGCUUUCUUUGGGUUACGCAAGUAUGGGAUCAUGCCUAAUGGGUGUGUAUCUACUGAGCAAAUUUACAUUCAUAGCAAACUUAUGAUUGUAGACGAUCGAUGCGCAAUUAUUGGCAGUGCGAACAUUAACGAUCGCAGCAUGAACGGUGAUCGCGACUCGGAAAUUGCUCUUGUGAUAGAGGAUAUGCAGUAUGAGGAUGGGGUGAUGAAUGAGAAACCAUACCGACGAGGUGUUACGGCUAGUAAGCUUCGCUUGCAGCUCUUCCGUGAGCACUUGGGACUGACUGACGAUGAUCUAUCGGUGGUGGACCCAACGUCGGAUCGCACUUGGCUCGCUAUCAAGUCGGUUGCUUCAAACAACACGAAAAUUUUUGAGACAGUGUUCGACUGUGCUCCUUCAAACCGUAUGCGUGCAUUUGUAAACUUUCAGAGCAUUGAUGUUACACAAAUCUUCGAAAAUCAGCGUAUGAAUGUGCUUAAGGUACCCGGCCGAUCUCAUGUGUGGGAUGCGCAGAACUUAAAGGAGGGUGAUUAUGCACCCUGGACUGAUGUCAAUGGUGUCCCGAUCGCAGCAGAUCGCUUAGAUCUGUCAGAAUUCGAGGUAGACAACUACAGAGACCGAAAGAAAAAAUUAUUUUCGAUGGAUCACGAUGGGUGGUGUUAUGCACGAAAUUUCUCUAUCUUUCAGGAGGUUCGCACAAUGAAGACGGAUUACAAGAAACGAGAAAAGCUGCAGCACCUUGUAGCAGAUCGAUUGAUGGCCCAAGUGCGACGGCGUCGGUGGGUGAAAAAAGGCCUGCUCCCACCUCGACCUGAUCCUCGAGACAGUUCGUUCAGUGUUGGCAGUGAUGACGAAGAACACGGACGUUUCUUUUCCAUUUGGCGAAGACUGCAGCAAGGUGACUUUAGCCGCUCCAACUCGGUUAGUAUGACUCCGACAAACUUUAGUCAAAUGGACUCGAGUGGGGACAUUGCGCGGAGCGUCAGUGUCGCAAGCACGACAACAGGCCGUCGUCUGUAUCAUUCUACUUCUAUGCCAUCGAACGCUUCAAUUGUGAUGGGAAAUAGCACGUCAUCACGACCUAUUUUGGCUGGAACUGCGCCGUCGUGCCCGAAUUCACCCAGUGUUUCAAGCUUCCAGCACACUCCCCAAAGUCCAGCACUCACAGCUGGACCACACAGUACUCGUACCUCGUCACUUUCGGGCACUGGCGCCAAUACCCGAACUCGGGAUAACACUCCAAGUGCGCGUGGAAGCUUCUACGGCAUUUUUAGUGUUGCAGGCGGUAAUCGAAACUUUGAUACAGACGACGACUCUAGUGAAGCUGACAGCGACUAUGGAGACCAUGGUAUUCGCGCGUCGGUCAAAAGAUGGUACUCCACAAUGGACGUACUAGACUUUGGACGUCGCUCCAAGUUUAAUGCCGAGUAUUUUGACACAGAUGAAGAUCACGUUCACAGUGACGAUCCGUUGCUAGAAGACGGUCGUGGUAGCUAUCAUGCUCCAAUCCGUGACGGUCUACUUACAGAAGAAGACGUAGAAAGUUCCGGCGAUGAAGAUGCCGACUGUCAGAUUGGACAUGUCCAAACAGCUGCUACAGUCCGCAAGGAGGAUGAAACACGUGCGCGCUUCAAACUAUCGGAGAUUCGCGGCCACCUCGUAGAGUUUCCGCUCGACUUCCUUGUUGAAGAGAUCCUUAAGCCGUCAGUUCUGCCUGCCGACAUUCAUAUUUAA